AUUGUUGUUUUGUGCUCAAGCUGGGAGGAAGCAGCGCGUCAUGUUGCUUGGUAAAUUAAAGUGAAUAGCAGCUAAGUGAAACAACAACAACCGCUACAAAAAUAAGGAAAGAAAAAUCGUUAUACCGGGAAAGUGAUGCACUUAAGUGGAGAAAUAUUGUGGAAAACUAAGAUGCAAGGGUGGUAAUAGGGGGCAGCCGGUGGAGAGCAGACAAAUUGCUGGUCAAUUUACACAUAAUUGACGGGGAAUCCAACAACAACAACAAACUAGUCAAAGGAGCAACAAAAAGGAGGUGGCACAGUCUCGUGUACAGUUACAAACACACACACAUCACACCCCAAAAAGACACACACACACACACUCAGAAUGGCCGCAGCUCAAUCGGCUUAUGCACGACUCUUGGAUCUCUCGAUGCGUUCCCCGUCCGAUCUCAAUUCGCGUAUCAUUAAUAAAUUCUGCACAGCCUUGGGUGAACUGCGUCAGCUUGUGGCCUGUGUGGUCUGUUGCAAACUACUGGUCGAUCCCUAUUAUCCAAAGGGACAUCGUUGUGAUCAUUUUGUGUGCCGUUUAUGUGUACGUGGAAAGAAACGUCUCAAUCCCAUAUGUCCGAAAUGUAAUGAUUGCUCUGAUUAUAAAAUCUAUGUGGAAGAUCGUGCCAUGACCCUGCAAUUGCUUUGCUACAAGACACUAUGUGUCCAGAUCUUGCAAUCCGGUCUCUAUUCUCAUUUGGUGAAUCAAAAGAUCGAGGUGACAAGUAAUAUAAAUAAACCGCGCAUCAAAUUGCCAUCAAAGAGUGUACAAGAGUUCAUUGUGGAGGGAUCAGAGUAUGAUGAUAUAAGGGAUAUUUUUCUCUUUGAGCCGGGCCCAUCAGCUUUAAAGGAUUCGGUUUCCGCAUUGCCCGAUGAGUCGCCAAAUAUCUCGAAGGCCAAUACACCUGAGUUGCCCUUUGCUCAAGCCCUGCCCGAACAGAUGUCGAUCAGUGACAUGGAGAUUGAGAUGGAAGCCGCCACCGCGGAGCAUCAUCAUUUUGGUAGUCCCAUUCCAUUAUUGCCCACGGGAUCGCGUGUUGGUCUGCAGCGUCAGGUUUUGGUAACCCAAGCUGAACCGCAAUCUCUGAUAACUCCAAAUUGGAGUGAAUUGAAUUUCUCGUCUGGGCUCAACUCUGUGACUAAUCUUCGAGAGGGAACCUAUACUUAUGUAUUACCCGAUCCGUCUGAUGCAUCGUUUGUUGCUACAGAUUCAUCGCUCCUAAUCGGACAGUUGGUUCAAAUAGAUAACACAUCUGAUUUAGAUCCAGAUCAAGUGUUAGUACAGAACGAGAGUGUGGUUGUAACUAUUCCAAAAACGACCGCGAUUAUUUCACACAAAGAGAAACCGCAUCCUGUUGCUGCUGCAACCAAUGAGAAGCCGCAUGCUUCUGCUGCAGCCAAUGAGAAGCCACGUCCUUGUGCUGCUGCAGCCAAAGCAAAGCCGAAUCCAACUGCUGCCGCUGCAACCAAUGAGAAGCCGUAUGCUUCUGCUGCAGUUAAUGAGAAGCCGCAUCCUUCUGCUGCAGUCAAUGAGAAGCCGCAUCCUUUUGCUGCUGCAGCCAAAGCAAAGCCGAAUCCUGUUGCUACUGCUGCCAAAGAGAGGCCCGUGACUGCUGCCUCUAAAGAAAUGUCAGUUCCUGCUUCUAAACAGAAGCCAGUUGCUGCUAAGCCCAAAGAAAGUAGCGAUACACUUGUCCCGGUGAAGCCUGUUAAUACAGCUGCUGCCAAGGAGAAGACCCUUCCUCCUCCUCCACCUGCUGCUGCCGCGAAGGAGAAGACCAUUCCUCCUCCUCCACCUGCUGCUGCCGCCAAGGAGAAGACCAUUCCUCCUCCUCCACCUGCUGCUGCUGCUAAGGAAAAGACCCUUCCUCCUCCUCCACCUACUGCUGCCGCCAAGGAGAAAACCCUUCCUCCUCCUCCACCUGCUGCUGCCGACAAGGAGAAGACCAUUCCUCCUCCUCCACCUGCUGCUGCCGCUAAGGAGAAGACCCUUCCUCCUUCUCCACCUGCUGAUGCCGCCGAGGAGAAGACUCUUCCUCCUCCUCCACCUGCUGAUGCCGCCAAGGAGAAGACACUUCCUCCUCCUCCUCAUCCUGCUGCUGCCGCCGCUGUUAAGCAAGUCAAGAAGCUUCCAGUAGAUAACAAAGAGAAGGAAAAACAGUCUAUUGCUGUCAUCAAAAAGAUAGACAUAGCAUCCAAAGGAAAAUCAGCUGAAAAGCUGCCUAAGGAGAAACAGGAUGAUAAACUUGAAGCUUUUAAGAAUCAAUUGGCUGCAGCUGUCAAGGAGAGGGUUAACAAGAAAAAACCAGCUAUGGCUGUGACCAAAGAAAAGCAAGACAAACGUCUGCCGGCGGCGGCAGUAACGCCUGUCAAGAAAGCGGAAGAGCAUGUCGUCACCCCCAAAAGGAAGCAUGCCCAAUUGAUGGAAGAGGAGAAGAGUAUUUCAUCUCAUACGAGAUUCCGCAAGCAAACGGCUACCAUUGUAUCCUCAGUGCAGGUGCAGCCGCCAGCUAAAGAAGAAUCACCCAAACGUCAACCCGUUUCUGUUGUAACAAAGAGCUCGGCCAGCAAGGCCAAAAAAACAGCAGCAGCCGAUCCCAAGCAGCGCAAACAUUGCCGUUGCGGAAUCUCUGGUCCAAGUACUCCAAAAACUUGUCGCAAUAAUCGUUGCUGGUGCUACAUCAAUGGUAAUAGCUGCACCGAUUGCUCUUGCCAGGGUUGUAAUAAUCCUCAUAAGCAAGAUUACAUUGAUACCGACGAUGAAAUGGAUGAUGAUGACGACGACGAUGAAGACGAUGACGAAACUUUGGCAAAUCUUAAAACUGACAUAAUAGCUCUGAAAGGAGAAAAAAAGUCAAUUGCUCCUCCUCCUCCUUCUAAUCCUACUACUACUACUACUUCUCAUUCAUCAAAUAGGAGCUUUGAGGGCUUAACUUUGGUGGCUCUAAGUAAUCCGGAACAAUCGCAGCAUCCUCUAGUGCUUGUGCAGAACGAGAAUAAUGAAAUGCAAUGUUUCAAUAUUUUCCAAGGCGAUGUUCCCAUCGAUCCGGCCAAUUAUGGAUUCCAGCGUGUUCAGUUGCAAAAUAAGGAUUCGGGCAAUAAUUCUAUACCGCAAUAUGCUUAUAUGGCCAUGCCUCCAGAUCUAUUGGAUCAGGCAGUCAGCGGCGAUGGGCAAUCACAUGUGGAUUCCUCUUCUUUCUCUCCCGAAAUCAAGAAAUUUAAGAAUAUCGACCCGAAUGAGGAUGCCUGUCCUGGUGACAGUUUAACAGCCACUGAAACGGCUCAUUCUUUGUUCGAGGAUAUUAUGUCGGGCUCAGAUGAUUUGUAGGAUCAAGCAAAAUGGAAACUCGGGUUUCUUUUCUUUUUUUUUGUAUUUAAUACCUGUGCAGAAGGCUAUGGAUGAAGGGUACGGCCGACUAUAUAUGAUAUAUAUAUAAGAGCCAUGUCCCCAAAACACUUAAUGUUUAAAUGAUAAUGUCAAAAACCAAUUUUAUAUCCACUGACCAUAUAGUGCUGAAAGUUGUAGUCAUCUGGGUUUAAUUUGUACCCUUUCAAAGGGUACAGAGAAAUCCAUACUAAUGUGUUUCCCCUUCCCUUUCUUUUGUACAUUCUCUAAAAACGUUUUUUUUUUUUAUUGUCAAAAUUUGCUCUAUAUAACUACUGCAAUUCCUAUUCCAAAGUAUUUGAAUGAAAACAUUUUGGAGGUCUCAAAGAUUGCAAAUGACUUACGGCAAAUAUUUGUAUAUCCUUUUUUUUAACAACAAUUUUUUUUGUGUAGUAUUAAGUCUAAAGAAUAUUGCAAUUGGUCAUUAAAAUAAUUGCCAAGCAAAAAAUUUAUGUAAAUGAACAACGAUGUUCUAUUAACCAAAAAUAUGAUGUACAUAUAUAUACAACUAAAAGUGU